GGGCUGGGGUGGACUGCCCUUGUUAAAACCUCACUCUUUAAAGUUGCAUUUCUCAGGCACCACACUCAUUUGCACCAAAAGGACUUUUCACCUGUUGUCUCAGCGCAAAGAGGUAACCAAAAAUGUCGGAUACUGAAGAGAUCAUCGAGGAAUAUGAAGAGGAACAGGAAGAAGAGUGUGUUGAAGAAGAAGAGGAAGAAUGGAUAGAGGUGGAAGACGAACAAGAAGAGAAAGACAAGGAGGAUGCAGAGGAAACCAUAGAAGAAGAACAAGAAGAGCAAGCUAAAGAACCGGAAGAAGGGGACUCAAAACCCAAGCCCAAGCUCUUUAUGCCAAAUUUGGUGCCUCCAAAGAUCCCUGAUGGGGAAAGAGUAGAUUUUGAUGACAUUCAUCGCAAGCGAAUGGAGAAAGAUCUGAAUGAGCUGCAAGCUCUGAUUGAAGCUCAUUUUGAGAACAGGAAGAAGGAAGAAGAAGAACUGAUAUUCCUUAAGGACAGAAUUGAACAGCGACGGGCAGAAAGAGCUGAGCAACAACGGAUCCGUAGUGAACGAGAGAAAGAACGCCAGGCUCGCUUGGCAGAAGAGAAAGCUCGGAAAGAGGAAGAGGAAGCUAGGAAGAGGGCCGAAGAGGAUGCCAGGAAAAAGAAAGCUUUCUCCAACAUGCUUCAUUUUGGAGGCUACCUACAGAAGACCGAGAAGAAAAGUGGGAAGAAACAAACAGAGCGGGAAAAAAAGAAAAAGAUCCUCAGUGAGCGUCGGAAACCUCUGAAUAUUGAUCACUUGAAUGAAGACAAACUGAGGGAAAAAGCGAAGGAACUAUGGCAGAGUAUCCAUGACCUGGAAGCUGAGAAGUUUGACUUGCAGGAAAAGUUCAAGAAGCAGAAAUAUGAGUUCGAAGGCUGCUCGUGGAAAACCUGUGGUUGGUGGUCGAUGGAAGUGAGAGUUCAUUCAUGCCUCACCUGGGGAUAUCUUUGCUUUGGCCAGCUCUUGAUUCAACGUGCCAGCCUGCGCCAUCCAAAGGAAAGCACCAACUCUUCCAGACUAUUCAGAACAAGCCACCUUCCAAAGGCCUCACUUGGUAGAAUAACUGUAGCUGUGUGUGAAGCACUAUUGCACAUGGAGCAAACACACUGCUGUGUGGAGAUUACUGUGUCACCAAAGUUAAGAGUAUAGUGUAUGUAAAUAAAGCAAAUCAUGCAGCAA